GGCCUGCGGGUUUCUCACUAACCCUGCUGGGCCUGGGUAACUGCAGCAUCGCGCGUCAUUCGCUCCCGAUUGGCGGGCCUUCGGUCGUCCGGCCCUGCCCUCCUUCACUCCGAUUGGCAGAAGGAAGGGAGCCCGCCCCGCUUUCCUGGAAAGUUCUUGGAAAUCUAUCAAAGGUAUUUCCUUGAACUGAGCGAACGAGCGGAGGCAGCGCUGAAUUAAAACGACAAAACACGCAAGUUUUCAAACCAUUCGGCGCAGAUCUUCCGAACGCGCUUCCCUUUCCACCCGAGGGAUGCGUCUUUUUGAGGGAGGGGGGGAGGAUCAUUUCUGACCUUAGGGGACCGCAAGCCUGAAACGAAGGUGCCUCGAACGGCCCCUUCUAUUUAUACUUGCCUUUCUUUUUUGUCGGUGCCUGUCGGAACACUAAUGUGAAUACAAUACAAUUCCAAGAAUCCACCGCUUCCUGGAAUAGAUUAAUCGGGCGCAAACAAAAGAUUACGGAGUAGUGCUUCUCCCCUUCCGCUCCCCGCGAUCCGCAUUUCUUCAAGGGCCGGCGUCGAGGCUGCUGGGCGUCCGCUCGGCUCUCCUCCCCGAAGUUUUUUGUUUUACGCGGGGAGAGAUUAUUUAUUCAGACAGGUAUUUAUUAUUAUUAUUUUUAAUUCUAGUUUUUUAUUCGCGGCGACUUUCCGCGCCGCCGAGGAGAUUGGUUUUUAAAGUGAACUUAUUGCCCACGUUUUAAAGCUCGGCCGGAGGAGAAGAGCGACUACGACCCCGCGCAUUUUUCUGCUGGUAACUUGGUGCGGGGAAGAUUGCUCUGGAGGUACCCGCAGCUUGUUUUCUCUGGGCGAUUCUUGAGUGCGUUUCACAGAAAGUUUGUUGGGACACUUUUGGAUUUCUGGUAGCUUGCGGACGGACUGUGUGGGAACAAAGAAGAAGCGCGGCUUUCCCCCGUUUCUCUGAGGAUUUGAUGCUCUUUCCUGAAUCUUGGCGUGACAUGAUCCUCUGCGUUCAAGGAUCCUAUCCUUUGGUAUCAGAGGAGAAACUCCGGAGGCUACCUGUUGCAGGCCUUGCAGUGAAUGUGUCAGAACAGGUCAUGCAGCCUCUGUCAGUCACAUCCUUCCAAGAACAGUCUGCCCCUCCCUUGGUAAUGCCCAGACUUGAAAGCAACUCACCUCAAACACGAGACCCAGAGGAGGAUCUGCUGUGUAUUGCCAGAACGUUUUCAUUUCUGAGAGAAUCUGGUUGGUAUUGGGGUUCUAUUACAGCCAACGAAGCCAAGCAGCAGCUCCAGAAGAUGCCAGAGGGGACUUUUCUGGUACGGGACAGUGCUCAUCCCAGCUACCUGUUCACGCUAUCCGUAAAGACCAACAGAGGCCCUACCAACGUACGCAUUGAAUACGCCGAUAGCAAGUUCCAGUUAGAUUCCAAUUGCCUCUCCAAACCUCGGGUUUUGGCCUUCCCAGAUGUGGUUAGUCUCAUCCAACAUUAUGUUCUUUCUUGUACUGUGGAGAGCAAGAGUGAUGCUCCCUACCCGCCUCCCAUGCCUUUGCCUCCCCCACAAAAGGAGAUGAUAGCAUCAGCAGUACACCUGAAGCUCAUCCGGCCGCUCAGCCGCAAGGACAUUGCCCCCAACCUGCAGCACCUCUGCCGACUACAGAUCAAUCGAUGCACUGGAAAGACAGACCAAUUGCCUCUACCAAAGAGAAUGAAGGACUAUUUGAAGCAGUAUCCUUUUCAACUUUAAAGGCAGCCAAUCUGACUGGGACAAGCAACCGAAAUGAUGUUGAAAAACAUCCAAUUCUGGCAACAGAUUGACUUUGAUCCAUUGAUGAGGUUAUGUUCUUAAGUGGGCACAGUAUAUUAAACUGCCAAAGGAAGAGACUGUUUUUCCCAUCAUCCUCUCCCUUAUUUUUCUCAGUUACCUAAAUUCAUUCUCAUGCCAUGGAGGUGGCAGUAUGCACAAGGUACACAAAUCCAAGGCCAAAAGCUCAAGGAGGCACUUCUCUUCUUUGUCUGCAGAAAGGAACUACUCUUGGCAUGUGCAAACUACUUGAAUUGGCAGAAUUGCGCCAGGAAUGUUCAAGCCUCAGAACUGUAUUAUUUAUUCCCAUGGUACUCUUUUUUUCUUUUGCUAUUUCCGAGUACAUAUAAAUUGAAUAUCCUUCUUUUACUUUUGCAAGCAUAAUAAUAAUGAUAAUAAUAACAGUAACAGAGUUGGAAGGGACCUUGGAGGUCAUCUAGUCCAACCCCCUGCUCAUGCAGGAGACCUAUACUAGGGAUUCAAACUGCCGAACUGCCGACCUUUGUGAUCGACAAGCUCAGUGUCUUAGCCACUUGAGCCACCUAAUCAGGCAAAUUAUUUAAAGAUGGGCUCAAAUCAUAACUUAUGUAAGUUCAUUUUGCAGUAGUUCAUUAUGGACUUGAAUGAAGUCUCCUGGCCAUUCUAUACUCUAUAACCUGUCUUGAUGUAUUCAUACUCAGAUAUAAGAUAAAUAUAUUGGAAGUGUAUAAAAGGUUGAUUCCAGUUGCAAUCAACAUCCAGACUUCAGUUCCCAUUAGAUUGACAAAGAGAUAAACUUAUUCAAGCUUUUUGAGCUUGGAUUAGUAAACCCUCUGUUCUCUCCCUUUUUGAAGAGGCUAUUCCUAAUUUGAAUCAGUUAAAUCCAAAUGAUUUUUUGUUAAAAUUACACGGUGAAGAUGCCUACGUAUCUGUCUUAUGAAGCAUAACAUUGUCCUUGGAGAAAUGGUCACACCCUAAAAGUUCAUUUCUGUAGCAUUUUGUUUAUAUCUUUUGGAGGGAAAAUUCAGGAAAUGGGCCAUUUUUCUCCUAUUACCAUAUUGUUAGCUGAAAUAUUAACUCACAUUACUGCUGUAUUAGCACAAAGGAGCUUCAGGGAGAACACAAUACUGAUACAUUAUUUACGACCAUUUUUGCUUGUGAGUACCGUAUAUACUCGAGUAUAAGCCGAGUUUUUCAGCACAUUUUUUGUGCUGAAAAACGUCCCCUCGGCUUAUACUCGGGUCUAUACGGCUUAUACUCGAGUUUUU